GCCCUGACAGACGUGGAUGAGACGUACAGGAAACCAGUAACGGGCAAAGCUUUCUAUGCAGAACCUCAGCUCACACUAACCCGGCUGUUUGACAGGCUCAAACUGCAGGAGUCCUCAGUAAAGAAGGGAGCUGACUCAAAGACUGUCUCGGAGGAGCUAGCCCUGACAAAUGACUCUCAGACGCUGGGACUGAAAGUUGGAUCUGGACGAGGGAGAGCAGAAGAUGAGCGCGAGAGGCAGAAACGCUUGGGCAGAGCUGGAGAAAAGAAGAUGCCAGGUGACGGUUUGCAUCUGGCUGCCAGAGGUGAAGCCGAUGUGGGUAGCGGGACUGCCCACACAGAGGGUGCCAGUGCUGGUGGUACCCGGGCAAGAAGCAAGUCACGGAGAAAAAGGCGUCCCAAAGUGGAUUAUCAGCAGGUGUUCACACGUCAUAUAAACCAGAUUUUCAUUCGAGGAGAGAAUGUCUUGCUUGUCCAUUUAGCACACUGA